GCCAAUCAAUAAAGAAAGUUCCUACCAUUUACUUUUUCUCAUUCAUAAGUUUAAGAUGGGAAAAUUGAACGUGCUCGUAUCGGUUCUAUUUUUAGGACUAAUUUAUGCUUGUACAGCUGAUGCCAAUCAACCAGCUAGAAUUGUUUGCUAUUUCAGCAACUGGGCUAUUUAUCGUCCAGGUAUAGGUAAAUAUGGUAUAAAUGAUGUACCAGCAGAUUUAUGUACACAUUUAAUAUAUUCAUUUAUUGGUGUUGAUGAUAAGACAUGGCAAGUUUUAGUCAUUGAUCCAGAGGUUGAUAUACAUCAAAAUGGUUUUAAAAAUUUCACCGACUUAAAAAAAACUCAUCCCAAUCUUAAACUACAAUUAGCAGUUGGUGGUUGGGCUGAAGGUGGUCGAAAAUAUUCACAAAUGGUUUCAUCAAAAGAUCGUCGACAAAAAUUCAUUAAGAGUGUCAUCGAAUAUAUGAAUAAAUAUAAUUUUGAUGGUUUUGAUUUAGAUUGGGAAUAUCCCGGUGCUGCUGAUCGUGGUGGUAGCUUUAGUGAUAAAGAUGUAUUUUUAUAUUUUGUUGAAGAAUUAAGACGAGCAUUUGAUCGUGUUGGUAAAGGAUGGGAAAUUACUAUGGCUGUACCAGUAGCCAAAUUUAGGUUACAAGAAGGUUACCAUGUACCAGAGUUAUGUGAACAACUAGAUGCUAUACAUGCUAUGACAUACGAUUUAAGAGGAAAUUGGGCUGGUUUUGCUGAUGUUCACAGUCCCUUAUACAAAAGACCACAUGAUCAAUGGGCAUACGAAAAACUAAAUGUGAAUGACGGUCUUGCACUCUGGGAAGAAAUGGGUUGUCCAGCUAAUAAAUUAGUUGUUGGUGUACCAUUUUAUGGCCGUACUUUUACUUUAAGUAAUUCAAAUACAAACUACAAUAUGGGUACAUAUGUUAACAAAGAAGCUGAUGGUGGUGCACCAGGUCCAUAUACAAAUGCAAGUGGAUUUUUAGCUUAUUAUGAAAUAUGUACGGAAGUACAAGAUAAAUCAAAAGGUUGGACUGUUAAAUGGGAUGAUCAUGGUAUGGUGCCUUACACUUAUAAGGGAAAUCAAUGGGUUGGUUAUGAAGAUCAAAAAUCAUUACAAAUAAAAAUGGAUUACAUUAAACAAAAAGGUUAUGCUGGUGCUAUGACAUGGGCAAUUGAUAUGGACGAUUUUCAUGGAUUAUGUGGUGCUGAAAAUGCUCUUAUGAAAAUUUUAUAUUAUAAUAUGGUUGAUUAUAUGGUACCAGAACCUACAAGAACAACAACACCUAGGCCAGAAUGGGCUAAACCUAAACAAACUACACCAGAUCCAAAUGAAGGUUCCGGCAUUAUGCUAGAACAAACAACACAAAAACCUAGACCACCAACUCCAAAACCAACAAUUCAAGCCCCCAAACCAACAACGGAAACGCCACAGAGAACUACACCGGAACCAUCUGAACCAAAUAAACCUCCCAAGAAACCCUGCAAACCAAAACCAACGUCUUCUCCUUCUACAGUAAAACCACCGAAAGAUAUACCAGAUGAAAAUGCCAAUGACAAUAAUGAAAUUUCGGAUACUGAUGAUUUACCAGAUUGCUCAAACCGGGAUUAUAUUCCGCAUUCCAAUUGUAAAAAGUACUACCGAUGUGUUCACGGUGAACCGGUAUUAUUUGAAUGUAGCACACCAGGAACAGUUUUCCAUACCGUAUUAAAUAUUUGUGAUUGGGCUGAAAAUGCAGAUCGUUAUUAUUGUACUAAAACAAAAUAUCGAAAACCAGUAGUUUGAAGAUUUGAUUAUGUAGAAAAGACAAAAGUAGUUUUACUUUAAGAAACAAAUUAAAAAGUAUAGUUUUAAAUAUGUAAAUUUAUUGUUUCUUAUUUAAGAUCUCUCUGAUACUUUUUGAUGUUUUUAUUAACAUUUAAAUGUUUUAAUUUUAAAAUAAUUUAUUUAUAAAGUAAAAAUAAGAAGAUUAUUAAAAUAAAUUUUUUUAUUAUUUUUAUUA